CUGGUGCUGUGAGUAUGACGCGGCUGACAGAUCUGCCACGAUAUGCCAGAUGGCUGAGUGAUUCAAGGAUAACACAACAAGUCUGAUGACAUUUAACCUCUCUUCUUGUGAUUAUUGAAUAUAAGAGGUGGAAUCACCUAUCUGGUCCAUAGCACAGCCCUUGAAUGGUGCAGUAAAGGGACAAAAUGUUUGACACAGAGGAAGAGAGGUCUUCAAACAAUAACAGCAGUUCCCUACUGCCUCCAUCUGUCACCUUCUCGGAAAGGACACAGUUUAACAAAAUACUCUGGAAGGAGAAUCAGAAACUUCGAGAAGAGAAUCAAAACCUUCAGCAAGAGAACAGAUUCUUGCAUAUCGAGAACAAAGCCUAUUACCGGCGGAAUAAAAUUAUCCAAAGACAGAAUAAAGCUCUUCGGGAAGAGAAUAUAAUUCUUCAUCAGAAGCAUAUAGACUCUGCAGAAGAAGCAAAGCACCUUGAGAAACAUCAAAAGGCCCUCCAACAACAAAUUAAAGCCCUCAGGGAAGAGAUUAGAGCUCUGAGAGGACAAGAAAUGGCAUUUGAAAUGCAGGAAAAAGCUCUUCAAAAAGAGAUUUUAGCUCUUUGGGAGGAAAACAAGGCCUUCAAGGAGCAGGCCAAAUCUGUACAGAACAAUAGCAAAGACUUCGAGGAAGAAGAGAAAGCUCUCAGUGAGGAAAAAAAUGCCCUCACUGAUAGGAAAUCUGCCCUCCAAGGGGAGAACAGGGCGCUUCAAGAUGAGAGGGAGGCCCUACAAAGCCAGGGAAAAGCUCUCCAAGAAGAGCACAAACUCCUCCAUGAGUGGAAUAAGAUCCUUCAACGGAAGGAAUAAGGCUAUGGAAAUAAAGAAUCAGAUGUUUAGAGAGAUUUAGCAGGAGGAGUUGACAAAGAAAGACAAUAAUUACCAUUGUUAGCCAGAUAUUAUGGUAUAGUCACCAUAACAGAAUGUAAGCAGCAACUAAUGGAUAAAGGCAGGCAUAAUUAUGCCCUAUGCUAAAGCCUACAAAGUUUGAAAGUGUGUUGAUAUCUUUUUUCCCUAAGGACUAAUAAAUUACUU